AUGGGGGCGUGUUUCGGAAAGCCUUCCGAAGCUGGAACCAGCGCUCGAGACGCCAGCUCAACUCGUCGACGCGGAAGCAGAGGUGAUGGUGGUGGUGGUGGUGGCGGUGGCGGCGGCGGAAGGACGAACGCGCAUCGCCCCGGCCAACGCAUAGAGCUGCUUCUCUUGGGCUUGGAUGGGGCUGGUGCAACCACCAUUCUGUAUCGCCUCAAGCUACAAAAGUUCAUCAUUACCGUUCCGACUUUGGGAUCUGUAGAGGAAACCAUUCGUUGGGGCUCUGAGGAAAUUCUCUUCCAUGACCUUGGCGGCACAGAUAAACUGCGCCCGCUCUGGCCCAUGUAUCAGGAUGGCAUUCAGGGAGUCAUCUACGUGGUGGACGCUGCCGAUCGCCGCCUUGUGGACGCCAACCGUCGUGAGCUGCGACGGUUCUAUCGUGCUGCCGUGAAGCUCCACGACGCACCCUUGCUCAUCUUUGCCACGAAGCAGGACCUGUCUGACGCGAUGACGAGUGAGGAGCUGCAGCGAGAGCUUGGACUCGAAGAAAUCCCGUGCCGAUGUUAUCAUGUCGCUGGCUGCUCGGCGGUUACAGGGGAGGGUAUUCACGAAGGCAUCGACUGGAUCGUCGGAGAAAUCCGGCGCGGAGGUUCACGGGCGGCGAGCACGUUGCGGAAAUGA